AUGCCGGAGCUGACUGCAAAGGGCACUACCAUCUCCAAGAAAGGCUUUAAGAAAGCUGUAACGAAAACCCAGAAGAAGGAGGGGAAGAAACGCAAGAGAUGCCGCAAAGAAAGUUACUCCAUCUACAUCUACAAGGUGCUGAAGCAGGUCCAUCCAGACACCGGUAUUUCCUCAAAGGCCAUGAGCAUUAUGAAUUCUUUCGUUAGUGAUAUAUUUGAGCGCAUCGCCGGCGAGGCAUCCCGCCUGGCACACUACAACAAGCACUCAACGAUCACAUCUAGAGAGAUCCAGACGGCCGUUCGCCUGCUGCUGCCGGGGGAACUGGCCAAACACGCAGUAUCAGAAGGAACUAAGGCUGUUACCAAGUACACCAGCUCCAAAUAA